CAGUCACCACGACUCCGCCUCUCAAAUGCCCAACGCUUAGAAGCGUUGAUAGAGCUAGAGAUGGUGUAAGCUUUGGGGCUCCAGGAGAAGGAGUAACAGUCGCGAACCCAGAAUGUGCGGGCAGUUAUGGCAAUUGUCGCAAGACCUCAGGCCGACUACCACGCUGUAUAUUCGGCGUGUCCACCUUGGCAGCUACGGCGCGUCAAGCUGGAGAACGCGACCGAUCAGGCGGGGCGAGGACGACGUGUGUGCUGUGCCAUAAACACAUCAGAGGACGGCGCCAAGUCUACUCCCCUAGGAAGUAUCCCAUACACCUUGCAGCGCGUGCGCUCAUUCAAUGAUUGGAUGCUACGCACCCGCCAAAGCAAGAGUAGCAAAUCAAAUAACCCAGGCCAUCCCCGUUCCGACAUACUGCACCAAUCGAUUAGUGUCCGUUCGUCGAGUAGUACGCGUUUUGGAAUAAUAGUGAAAUGUCUCGUG